AUGUUUAAAAAUGAAGAUGUAUUUGCCAAAAGUGGCAAUCAUGUCAAGAUUCCAAAUUCGGUUUUAGCAACUUAUACUGGGGAUAAUAUCAUUAGUGCUCAUGGAGAAUUAUGGAAAUUAUACCGAGAUGUUGUUGCCCAAAGUAUUCAAUUUCCUGAUUUGAAACCAAUUUCCAAGAAUACACAAAAGUUGUUACGAUUUCUUGAUAACGAAAUGGGAUCAGCAAAUCAAGCCACUAUUUCAGUGACAGAUAUAUUACAGAAAUAUUCCUUGGCCAAUGUUUGUGAAUCUGUUCUUGGCGUUAAUUUUAAUGUACUUGAUGAUAAACAAUCACUUAUGCAUGAGAAGAUUAAAUAUGUUAAACUGCAAAUUUUCAAUCCCAUUUUCUUAAAUUUCCCUUAUUUUGACAAUUUCCCCAUUCCAAGCCGGCUCAAGGCAAGAAGAGAAGUGAUUGGAUUUCGUAAAUGGUAUGGUCAAAGCCUUAUAGAAAAGUAUAAUUUACAAUUGCCAAACUCAGCAGCUACAAAAUUGGUGGAUUCUUUGAUCAAAGAAAAAUUGACAGAAAAACAAUUUUUGGAUAAUGCCAUAAUUUUAAUGAUUGCUGGUCAUGAAAAUCCAUUACUAUUGAUGUUGUCAUUAUUAUAUGUUGUUUCUAAAUAUCCACAAGUUCAAGAAUUAAUACGCAAUGAAACAGAAACAACAAAACCUUACCUUCAUUCAGUCAUUUAUGAAACUCUAAGAAUGUAUCCACCAUUGGGAUUAAUCAUAAAUAGAUGCACAACUAGAAUCACCAAAUUGGGCAAUAUUGUUAUCCCUAAAAAUGUUUAUUGCGGUUAUAAUAAUUUUGGUACGGGAAGGGAUAGAAAUGUCUGGGGAUCAGAUGCAGAUAUUUUCAAACCAGAACGAUGGGGAUUGGAAAUUGAUGAAAUCAACAAGAAAUUUACGUUAGCCAAAAGAUCAGCUGAAUUGCCCGCAUUUCAUGGCAGGAAAAGAGCAUGUUUAGGUGAAAAAUAUGCAUUGUUUGAAGUUAAACAAUUUUUAUUGGCAAUUCUAGGUGAGUAUAAAGUGUCUCUAGACCCAAAUUGGAAAGAACAAUUGACACCUGCUGGGCCAAUUAGCCCCUUGCGAUUGAAAUUGAAUUUUGAAAAGCUUACAGUUUCCUAA